GUGCUGUGGUUGUAGUUGUACACUGGUCCUUCACUCUGAGGGCUAUUAGGCUCAAGGUGUUCAAACCACUGUUGUGGAGUUCUCCCGGGGCCUCUCAGUGAGCCAUUAAAGAGUUAAAAAUGCUGCAGUGGCUUUUUAAGACUUCGCUGUCAGUGCUCUUAAGAUUUCCGGACUUAUGUCACUUGUGAUUUAAACCAACAGUACUGAAUUACCACUGGGGAGCGAGGUUUAUUGCCAUUUCCCACAGCUCUAAGACAACAUAUUCUCACAAACAACCUCAAGCAGGCUAAAUAUAAAUACCUUGAACGGGGAAACAGAAGACUCCUGCAAUUCAUUCACUCCUGCAACCAGCAACAUCAAGCAUGGGAGCAACUUCUAACAACAGUACACUAAAUGUGACCUAUGACGAAAUACAAUAUGUAAUUACAUUGACAACAUUUUCCAUUGGUUUUCCUCUGAUCUUGCUCGCCAUUUAUGCCAUGUACUUCCUAAUCAGAGCUGAUCACAUGGCUCCGAUCUAUGUAAUUAACCUUCUAAUUGCGGAUUUCAUUCAGAUAUCUGUAAGGCUGAUCGUACUGUUUGACUUAUGGGGAAUUGUAGGAAACUUCAUUGAAUUCUUUGGAAUAAGUGCAAGCAUUAGUUUCAUGGUAUGCAUUGCUCUUGAGAGAUACCUUGUGAUUGCAUUUCCUCUUUGGUACCGUUUUCGCCGCAACAUAAAAUAUUCCCUCAUAGUGUCCUCCAUUGUCUGGGUGUUUCCUUUCAUCCAAAUUGUCCUGUUUUGCGCCUCGCCUUCUAUAAAUGUUUCAUUUAUUUUGUUUGCUGUGAUGCUCCUGAUUCCCUUUCCUCUGCUUGUAUUCUUUCUUGUGAGCACAUUGAAAGCUCUUUCUGUAUCCAUUUCUGUGCCAGCUGUUGAGCAGAAACGAAUUAUUGGGACCUUGGGACUUGUCCUGGGCAAUUACACACUGCUGUUCCUACCCCUCACCAUACAAUAUCUGAUAUCAGGAAUAUCAGCCAAACACAAUGUGUACAUUGGGACAAUCUUAGAGGGCUUCAGCCCUCUUGUAGAUCCACUGCUUUAUGUGUUCAUGAGAAAGGGAGCAAAGGACACACUUCUGGCCUUCCCCUGCUUCGACAAGCUGAUGGGUGAACAAGAGCAAAGUCAGGUCACCAACAUGACUGACAUUGAAGGAUCUGGGUAGGGCAGGGUUUAUUUGUGCAAAUUGAACAAAUAACAAAACGUAUGUUCACUUACUGUAUAUUUAAUUAAUAAAGUUAUGCAUCAU